AUGGGUUUCAGCGAUUCUAGCCAGACACAGUCAAAUUUAAAAGAACGACUCAAAAAAUUGGAUGAACUUGAAGCCAGGGUGAUGGAAAUUAUGCAGUCUGCUGGAGCAACUCUGGACGAACUGUCAAAAGAUAUGCCGUCUCAAAAGCAAAUUGAAUCUCUGCAAGCCCAGUCGCCUGUACAUCUGCCUAGGGUGACUAAAUGCACCCCUGAUUCUGGUGUUAAAAUGGAACCCGUAGAAUCAGACCCUGCCGUUACUAGCACCGUUGGAGAAAUCGAUAUUCCUGAUUCAGAAACAUCUGGUGAGAAAACUGAAGUUGCAAAUAUAACAAGACCACCAUUUUGGCGAUUUAGCCAAACUAAAGUCGAAAAGGUCAUUCGCUCUUCUGACAGUGAAGCCCCUGAGACGACUACGCACGAGUUUGAGGUUCCGGAAUUCGAAUUUGAUGACGAGCAUCUGGAUCUUCAGGGGGAUUUAGAUGACGCGUUUCUGGAUAUAGAGGAUAAUGAUGACCUCAUUCACGGUAGAAUAACACCCGACGGUUUUAUCGACGAGGACUUUGAACAUGAAUUGGGAUGGUCCGAAAAGGAACUCUGCAUCCAAGAUGUAAUCGACGCGGACUUUCGUGAUAUUUCUCGGCUUGGCAUCCUCCAGGUUGGUGGCAACGACCUCGACGGGCGGAAGGUCAUCGCCUUUUUCGCCUGCCGCCUUCCCCCGUCCGAUCUCAUUGACCACGAUCGUCUUCUACAGUACGUGACAAAGACGCUGGAGCAGUACGUGUCAUCGUUCUACACCCUUGUCUACUUCCAUUGGGGUUUAACAAGUCAGAAUAAGCCGGCGUUUCCUUGGCUUGUGCGGGCCUAUCAAACCUUCGGUCGGAGCUUCAAGAAGAACCUCAAGUCGCUCGUCGUUGUCUAUCCAACCCGUACUGUUCGUGUAUUGUGGAGCCUUUUCGCUGCUUUUGUUAGUGUCAAAAUGAACAAGAAGCUGCACUACGUGAACAAUCUUCGUGAGUUGGAGUCCUACGUCCCGGUUCGCCAGUUAAACCUCCCACUGCGAAUUCGCGACUACGACAACAGAAUUCGACCAUUCGGUGCUCCUCUGCGGAUGGAUCCGGCAGCCGCAUCCAUCAUCGGUGGCCACGACGCCGACGACGCUCCGUUAUGCGAACACCAGCAGUUUGGUACCACCCUACAACACAUCAAGGCCAUCAACGGUGGACGGAAAAUCCCUGUGGUUGUUGAAGACACCAUAACCUAUCUUCGAGGCUAUGGACUCAAUACACACGGUCUCUUCAUCAAACCAACCAAUGCAACCACUCUGCGCGAUGUACAAACCAUGUAUAACCAAGGCGAAUACGUGGACCUUUGUGAAUUCGACGAUCCUCAUUUGGCCGCGCAUCUCUUAAAGUCUUUCCUUCAAGAACUCAAGGAACCAAUCUUGACUUACGACCUCUACGACGACGUCCUCAAGUCUUGCAGUCGAAUGUCGCGGAACCGCGUAAAUGCCAUCAGGCACCUGCUGACCGUGCUCCUUCCAAGAGACAACUACGAUAUUCUAUUUUACAUAUUCAAGUUUCUGACUGAGAUCCUGGAGCACUCUUCGAAGAAUAUGAUGACAGCUGCCAACUUGUCUGUAGCUCUGGCGCCGAGUCUCAUCUGGUCCCGUCAUCAGAUUGUAAUUCCCUCGUCAACUACCCAAGGCCUCAUUGUCUCCUUCACGCAGCUCUGUAUUACCCAUUUCGAGAGUAUAUUUACUCGCGCCUGA